UAAGGCAGUCAUUUCUCGAACUUCACAGUUGAGAACGUUAUUUUUAUGAUUCGUCCCCUCAGGACAAUCGCAACAAUCAAUCGCGACAGGAUAAAACUGUGACCAACUAAACAUUACGAUGGAGAACGUGAUUGAACCUGACUGGGAUUCCAUUUUAGAACUAAUUGACGAGGAGUUGGGCAAAAUAAACCCCCUCCAAAGUGCUCCUUCGCAUCAGUGGGAUCGUGCAGGCCUCCAUGAUCAUUAUGAGCAGCGUCUGUGGCAGGACCCUCCACACAUUCAGAGAAUGGAGUCCAUCAGUCACUUUCCUGCUCCUCUGCAAACAGUCUGCUCUGCUCCUCUGGUGAUCCAGCCAGAAGUCAGCAGCCAAAAUCCCGUUGGAGUCAUGAACAGUCAGCUGCUGUAUGAUUAUGGAUCUUGCACAUUCUCCUCCCCCCUUACUUCAAAGUCAUCAAAGAGAAAGAGGAAGCCAGUGACCCAUGGGGACGGGAGGCCGUAUAUUAAGAAGCCCCCCAACGCUUUCAUGUUAUUCAUGAAGGAACAGAGGCCUAUUGUGAAGGCCAACUUUAUUAACAAAGACAGUGCGACAAUGAACAAAGUCCUGGGCCAAAUGUGGAAGUCACUGACACAGACGGAGCAGGAGAAAUACUUCCGGGAAGCUGAGUCACUCAACCAGAUACAUGCCAACAUGUACCCGCAAUGGUCCUGCAGAGACAACUAUGGCAAAAAGAAGAAGAGGAAGUGGGGCAACAGAGCAACAUCUGCAUCAGAUCCCCCUCACCAGGCCCAGACCACGUGCUUGACAAUGGUUCAGACGGUGUGGCUGCAGUCUGUCAGCGACGUCUGCGUCAUGCAGGAGGCCUCGCAGGUCAACCUCGCCUUCUCCACGCUGAGUCAGUGCGAGGCCGGUGCGCAAAUAGCGAUGCCGAUGGAAGCCUUGCCCUCGGCGCCGCCAACCCAAACACAUGCCAGAGACAGCAGCACACAGUUGAUCAGUUUUGAUGGUGAGCUCAUGAGGAUGGAGCACCUGGGUUCACUGCCCCCCUCGUCAUAGCCUGCCUUGCCCUUUGGUCUUUAGGGUCACACAUCGAGACUUUUUUUAAGCAUGAAAUACAUUUCACCAGCAAUAUGAAUACCUUUGCAAUUUCAUCAUGACCCAAAUGGAGAGAAGUGAUAUAGAAAAGGGCUGGGUGGAUUUCUAUUUUAUUCUUAGUGUUGUUAUUCAUUGUGGAAAAAAGAGCUAUUAUCCAUCCAUCCUUUUUCUAUGCCGCUUAUCCUCACUAGGGUCGCAGAGGUAUUCUGGAGCCUAUCCCAGCUGACUUGGGCAAGAGGCGCAAUACACCCUAGAACAAUCAAAUAUAUAUAUUUAAUUCCAUAGUUGGCACAGCCUGGUGAAGAUGACGCACCGAAUAGGUGUACUUUCAUUCGCUAUUCUUGAGGUUCUGUGUCUGUGUUUCCAUUUUCCCACCAAAGAAACCUCAAAUAGUCUCGACAAGAGGCGCAAUACGCCCUAGACUGGUUACUCAGUACUCCUUCUCCACACAGAGAUGCCCGACGGAGAUUCUAACCCAGAUCUUCUGACUGUAUGGCCAACAUGCUAACCACUAGGCUACUGUGCUGCCAUGCACUAUGAUAAACAGUAUUAAUGAUUGUGAUAUAAUCGUCACAAAAGUAAUAAGUAAACAUUUUAUAUAUGUGUAUUGUAGACAGAGAGACAGCAGUAUUAAUCGUUAAUGAUUGUAAGUGGAACAAGUCAAAUGAACAUAUACAGUAUAUACUUUUUAGAGUUUGGGCACUAUAGUUAGUUCAGCCAAUCUUUAAUAUAUUUUUAUGACAUUUUUAUAAGAUGUGUGUGUUCUUUAUGCUGUGUGUGUCUAAAUAAAGACAACAUAUAAUGAGUGGAUAUUCUUUAACACUGAAAAUACUGGUGUUCACUCCUUAUGUCAGCAUAAACAUUAAUUUUCUCGGUUUAUAUAAUGUCCACACUGUAAAUUACAGUACACCACUGGCAGCUAGAAUCGCCAGCUUCAAACUUAUUUUACGGUGUGUUACUGUGAUCGACAACACUAUAUUACUGUAAAAGUAUUACAGUACUGUGCUGUAGAGAAUACAAACAUUACAGUGUCUCCAAAUAAUGACCAAUGUAACAUGAAACAAUGAAAAGCUUACCAAGCAGCAUCAGAUGAGGGCUGGCAGGAGGGGUGAGGAUUGUUUCAAUGUCCGCUACAGAGGCAGACACCUGGAAGGCAAAGACAACCGUAAGUGUGCCAUGAACAGCUGAAUGCAAAGUACCAUCUCUGUACCUUCGCUAUUACAGAGGACAUCUUUGUUGGUCAGUUUUACUCUGGAGUAUUCUAUGAUGGCUCUUCCACAUUCCGCCAUACUCAGUUCCAAGCUACGAAGCACUUUGGUGUCUGUAAGCAACUCAAAAUGGGCGUAAAUGUACCUGAGAAUGAAAAGAAAAGGCCUUUUGCUUUUCUUAUCUUCAAUGUCAGUUGGCGAGUCACGCAGGAGAGCAACUAACGUAACCGUAACGCAGUCUAAUCACAAUAGAAAUCGUUACACCUCCUGUAAAAUAAAACCCACCAACAGCCAUCUCUGUUAGUCAUUUCACUCUUUUAGUUUGUUCGAGAUAAGUCCUUAAUUCUGCCGGCUCAUGUAAAAAUAUUUCUCUCCCCUGCUUUGCUGAGUGACCAGUAUGUGAAAUUAACUGGAACAAAAUUGAAUGAAAGAAAACAAAAUCAACCGUAAAAAUGUUGCUAACAUUAUUCAAAACUCGCUAGCUAGCUAGUUUGAUUUCAGUCAGGUUGCUUCAUUCUGCUGUAAAAAUACUAAUAAGUUAGUUGCCCCCGGCCUAGUUAUUUGGCUUUUGACAGCUUUAAAAAGAUAUGGUAAUUAGGUUCAAAGACAGAGUUAGAAAUCAAUGUUAAGUUAACCCUUUCACCAUUGGUAUUGUUGUCUCUGUUGUCUCUAAAAGAAGGGAAAAUGUGAUAAUAACCAUAGCCACAACUUUCUACUUCAAUUAGUCUACUUGUGUGAUGGUUAAAACAUUUUAAAUAACUUAUUACUUAAAUGUAAAUAUUAAAUUAAUUGUAUUAAUGUAUGUACAGUGUAUACGUAUAUACAAAGUAAGGAAAAUGUAAUUAUUGCCUUCUUUCCAAAUACAUUUUCUUAUGAUGACGGCAGCUUGACCCUGGAGCAGAUAAAUUCACCUUGGACUAUUUUCAAAGGGAAAAUGUGAUGGACUUUGACUUGACAACCUAAACCACAGCAGACACAGCACACACAGUGCAUACUAUAUUGACAUAAGUAGUACAUGAGACCAUCAAGGUAUUAGCACAGGAAGGAAGUACACAGCAGGGUAAAGCGUAAUGAGACCGAGCAUAUGUGGGUCUGGCGUGUACAUCUUUGUUCGUCUUGCUUUUUCUCACCACCUUUAACGGCUCUCUGUGGCGUGCAGUUAGAAAAAAAGCAGAGGUGAGAAGAAGGGGGAGGCAGAAAGUACAAAAACUGCUGCACUGUGGUGUCUUUGAAUACGGCCAGUGGAGAAAUAGAAAAGUGAAGACAAUAAAAGGCUAGUGAGAAAUGAUAUAUUAAUAUGAUAAGAUGUAGUCAUCUACAUUGCUGAGGACUCUUAAGUUCAUUAUAAGUACAUGAGGGAUGAAUAAAUAUUUUCUUGAAAAAUAUACACACUAAGUUAGUGUUAAGCCAUAAUUGUCUAAUUAAUACUGUGUGAGUCCUUCGUAUAAUUCCCACCAUGACACUUUAGGUGCAUGGGUGACUUCUGAGUCAGUGUUCAGAUCUGGUACAAGCCAAAAAAGUUGCCUUGAUGCGAGUCACUGAGAUAUUUGGGGUGCGACACGUUCACCAUGACUCUGUCGCGCUCCUCCAGCUGCAGAGCUGAACCUAGGUAACUGUCGGCUGUCCAGGCAUGGUCCGCCUGCCGGGAGCAGAAUCCUGCCCUGUGGGCCUCCAUCAGGGUCACAGGUCCAAGGGGAUGCCCUGCCCUUUUCACAAACACAGUGUGAACAAAGGAGGACGUGGGCGUGCAUUUCUUGAAGAUGAGCUCCACUCGCGAGUAGAUGUGGUACAGUCCACUCCGGUUGACUCGCAGUGCGCCGUCCUCCACCUGGUACGCCACACCCCCGGCGGUGAAUGCUUGGCCCACCCGCGUGUCCCAACGCAGGGUUUUGCGGAAGGUGACUUUUUCUAUUCGACCUACAGUAGUGAGUGUAGGAAUAAAAGCUUCAGUACAAUUUCACUUCAACCAAAGACUUCAACCGUCUUCAUUAUUUGAAGCAUGAUAAUAACCAUAGAACCAGAAACUUGCAUAAGAAAGAGUCUGGUGAAUUACACAUCAACACUGUGUGCACCAUUGUUAUAUACAUACAAUUAUCAGUGUUGGGAGUAACAAUGUCAACUCAUUCGCUCCCAAAAACAUAUUUAUACGUCUUUUUGCACGAGAGGCACAAAGAGGUGGUGAUGUAACUGCACAAUAGAAGAGAUUAUGUGUGGCACAGUUUUAAGACAAAAAAAUGGCCACAAGGUGGCAGAAAUGUUUUUUCCAAGAACUUGGAAUGCUCCUGUCCUAUACAAGGAGGUUAUGUUAUGUCUUAAAUGGCUUAUUUUCUCUGAUUAUAUCUACUGUAUUGUGUAAUACAAGCGUAAGGGUGACUAUAGGGGUGUUAUUUUGUGUCUGGAGGACUCUAAUAAUGUUAAAACACCUAUUUGGAAGCUUGUAAAAACAGGUUAUCUAAGCCAUAGCUAACAAAAUAUUCCUUCUAUUAAUAUUAAAUCCUACUUUGCAGAAAUUAACUUAUCACGGUCAGGUCUGGAA